GAGAGAGAGUGAGGGGCAGCGGGAGGGAGGGAGGAGCGGCGGCAGGAGCAGCAGCAGCGCCCCCUCUCGUUGCCAGGGCAACAGCACCAGGAAGAGGGGCUGGCCAUGGCUGUAACUUAAUCAUCCCGAAGAGCUGAGCCAUCCUGGGGCCCAGGUGCCAUGGAGGACCUCAGGUCUGGGGCAGGAGGGGGGUGCGACCCCAAGCCACCCCACCCAGACUUAGGCGGCGGGACUGUUGUGGGCGUUGGCAGCCCGUAUAAGGUGGAGGAACACACCAUCUUAGGUGGUGGGGAGGUCGGGAGCCAUACCUUCCCCGAUGGCCACUUCUCCUCAGAGCCUUGGGGUCGCGAAUCUUCCCCUGGCCCAGAGGAGCUUGAUUUGGAAGCAACAGAAGUUUGUGGGCCAGCUCCUCAAAAGGCCACCGUUAAAGGCGGCGGAGAAAGCACAAGGGAGAGCGACAUUGUUUGGAAUGGGAGGUGUGGAGAAGAUAACGACAGCCUGCACUUUACUGGCGACAGCGCUCCUGGCCCUGAAGCCGGGUCUUGUCAUUGUGACGGAGACCUCUGUGACCUUUCUGCAACUUAUUCAGAGCAGGGGACUGGCUUGUGUGGCUUCGCUUGCCAGCACUGGCCUUCAGGCUCCAAGGAAAGGGACGCCUCGAAGCAACUGCGAAGUCAGGAAGAUGAUGUUGAAGAUGACACGGUGUCAAAGUCCAAGGAGGAGCUUCCUGAUUGCACUCGACCUUCUGGUGGAAGGAAGGUUGCCCGGCAGCAGAGGCACCGCUCUGCUGCCAAAGACAAGGGGGAAGGGCGGUUUGCACUCUCAGGGGGGAAGCACAGGCAGUCCAGGAAAAGGAGCGAUGGUGGACGUCACCAUGUCCAGACUGAACUGUUAAGACACCUGGAAGGAUUUGCCUCGUUCUGCUUCUCCUGCUUCAAACUUUUUAUCAGCCUAAUUGUACAGGUCACUCACAGGUGCGGUGAGGGUGUGGAAGCUGGUGGGAAGUUACUGUACUCUUGCUGUUCGUUCAGCCCACGUGACCUGGACUCCGUUCGAACCAGUGUGCAGGCUUGGAUCCAGCAUGCGAGGAUGAGCUGCAAGAAACUGAUACGACAGCUAGGCUUGUGGGUGACCCUGAGUUACCGCCUGGUUAAGAUGUUAUGUGUUGUACUCUUCCUCGUGCUGAUGCUUCUCUUGGGUAGCCUGAGACUCUGUUGGCGGGUGUGCAAGUUGGCUGCUCUCUCUGCCCUAGGCAGAUUGGCCCAAACAAGCUACGGAGCCUGGCUUCUCUCAGCCAUUGACCUGCCCCAAAUUUGGGCCUUCUUCAAAGAAAGUAGGACUUGCAAGUGGGUGGCGGGCCUCCUGUUUAAGUGGCAUGCCCUCCUUUGGACACCUAAAGGAUUAAGGACCAACCAAGCAGGGGACACUGCUUACACUGGAUCUUCUGGUGGAUCUGGGCCAUACCAACCUGAUGAAGAGGUGGCACGCUUGCUGGCUAUGGCAGAUACACCGGAGGAAGCACUCAAUCCUUUCCAGGUGUUGGGCUUAGAGGCAACAGCAUCAGAUGCCGAGUUGAAGAGAGCCUAUCGGCACUUGGCAGUAUUGGUUCAUCCAGACAAGAAUAAGCACCCACGGGCGGAGGAGGCUUUCAAGGUGCUGCGGGCAGCCUGGGAUAUUGUCAGCAAUCCGGAGAGGAGGAAGGAAUAUGAAAUAAAGCGCAUGGCAGAAACUGAAUUAACCAAAUCAAUGAAUGAAUUCCUUUCCAAACUUCAGGAUGACCUGAAAGAAGCCAUGAACACAAUGAUGUGUAAUAAAUGCCAGGGAAAGCACAAGAGGUUUGAGAUGGAUCGUGAUCCACUGAAUGCUCGCUACUGCGCAGAAUGUAGCAAGCUUCAUGCAGCUGAGGAAGGUGACUUCUGGGCUGAAUCCAGUAUGCUAGGACUGAAGAUCACAUACUUUGCCUUGAUGGAUGGAAAGGUUUAUGACAUCACAGAAUGGGCUGGCUGCCAGCGAGUGGGGAUCUCCCCUGACACACAUCGUGUUCCAUAUCACAUAUCUUUUGGAUCAAGAGGCUCUGGCGGGCGCCAAAGAGCUGCUUCCGAUGGCAGCCCUGCAUCUGCAGCGGAACUACAGGACUUCUUCAACCGCCUCUUCCAAGGGAACAAUGGACAGAUGCCCAACGGGAACUUCUUCAGCACGCCUCAGGCACCAACCCCAGGGAGUGCGCCAUCUUCUUUUGCCCCUCCAUCAUCAAAGGUGGACAGUACCACCCAGAAGGGAGACUCCAAGCAGAAACGGCGCAAGAAGGUACGCCGUCCCUUUCAGCGCUGAGAUCAAGAUGGAGUGGGACUGAAAUCUUCCAGGCCAGCCUGGAUGCCAGGCUUUUCAUCAGGUAGUAAAAGGGCUUCUUCAAAAGGGAAAAAAAAGUAUUCUUGUGAGUGUCAGAAACCCAGAUGAUUCAGGCUCCUCUGGACUAAUCCAUAAUCCAGUAACUACGGGCUGGAAAAUGACACACUCUUCUACAUUGUAACUCUUAUCAUGGAUCCUGUGAUACCAAAGAACUAUAGUAGGUGGCUUCCUGGAAGAAUUGUAAUGAAGAUGGGGACUUCUAGGUGUGACGGGGCAGUUUUGGAGGCUGUAUUGAGCCAUGGCAUCUCCUUUAUCCAUCAGAUGGGCCUACUAUGGCCUGCAUUUCCACUUCCAUAGGAGUAUGGCUAGCACCAACUGUCUUCGCUAAUUUCUUCCAUAAGAAUGCUUAGACUGGAAACAUUUCUGUUUUGCUCCAUUUGGCCUUUUGUCCAAAGGCCUUUAAGGCUCACACAGAGAAAAAGCUAUGCUUGUUGAAAACUUGCAGGGAAGGACGUCCUGCCUCAGUGUUGUGCAAGUUGACCAACAGUCUUCUUGCCUCUUAUUUGGGUGUUUCACACAAUUUUACAAGCAAAGGAGAGGAGAUCCUUCACCCCAACAGCAACCUCCUUGCUAGAAAAAAAAAUCAGUUAAUUUCCUGUAAUGGAAAGGAACCCAUCUAGACUUCAGACAUAGUAAUUUUAGAAGAAUAUAUUACAGGGGCUGCAAAGAUACUCAGGAUUAUUUAACACAGAUUUUUCACUUCUACUUGGGACCCAAAGGCUCCCUAGUUCUUUUGCAAGACUACUGAGAUGCAGUGUUCGAAAAUGAAAGACAACUAGCUGUUCCUGUCUCUGAAUGCAAAGUGACUGAGAAAUCCAAGCUCCUGUCUCUAGGGUGCUUGGUUUGUUCGUCUCUGACCCUGGCAAAGAGCACAUCUUCUUUGUCUGUGCUGUCCCAGGACCGCAAUCGGAUCAGUUAAAAAACUGGUGAACUAAGAUCCCAAGAUUUGUCAUGGAUGGUUGAAUUCUGUAACUGUCCAACCUGUUUUAUUGAAGGUUACUUUUUUAAAAGUUCAUAUUUGUAGGUGCAUACGUAUAUUUAAUACCAUGUGUAUUCUUCUUUCUAUAAAUAUGUAUUAAAUGCCUUGGAGAAUC